AAACCAGAAUUUUAAAACCUACGUCUAGUUUUGAAGCAAAGGAUUAUGAAAUCACAUACAAAAAAUCAAGAUCUACCUUAAGCAGAGAGCUGUAGAGUUAUGAUGAGUUUCAGGAAUUUUAAGAUGCCUAAAUUUGAUGGCGGAUUAAGUGAAAUUUUGAGAAGUGUAGCUGGUUUGAGCUAUAUCUAUGACCAUCCACCGGAUUCGAUUCAUGUUCUGUGUUUUGCAACGCUGUUAACAUCGUCUGCAAAUUUACUGCUUUUGGCACCCCUUUCUGUGGCAGGAAUUGUAAUAUGUCUGCUAAUUUUAGCCCCUGUUUUGAUCCUGCUCGCUCCCAUAUUGAUACCCCUAGGAAUGGUGGUAUUUGUGACAGUUGGGGGUCUCAUUUUUGCUGGUGUUUUUGGACUGGUAGUAAUUUUGGGUCUUCGAUGGGUGUAUAAGUAUGUGAAUGGCGAGAGUUCUGGUUCUGUUCAGACAUAUUAUGUGGAGGACAGGUGUCCUCCUGAUUAUGAUGACAUGGCUCUACCUCGUCCUGCUCAAGCUCCUUCUCCUCCUCGGUAUGCUGUUCCUGCUGCUACUUCUCCUCCUCGGUAUGCUGUUCCUGCUCGGUAUGCUGUUCCUGCUGCUGCUCCUCCUGAUCCAGGUCUUCGUCAUUGGUAUGCCAACGCAGGCCAGCCUUAAACAGCACACACUAAGCUUUGACUGCUUAGGUGGCUGUGGGCCCAUUCUUUCCCUCUUAUCGGACUUC